AUGUCUUAUAAAGGCUUUAUAAAUUAUAACAGUCGUGUCUCCAAAGAAGAGCAGGAGUUUUAUGAUUUAAAAAUUAAAGCUGCUGAAUAUUAUAGGGCAAACGGCGUCCCACAGAAGAUGGAGGGUGUCCUGAACGACAUGUUCUUUGAUAAGCCCGAUGAUAUUUAUGGUUACCUGGCAAAUUACUUCUCAAAAUUAUCAUCGCCACCUGUGAUAAGCAGACUAUUGGGGAAAGAAAUGUAUGAUGGAAAGGGUCAACUAUCCCUGCAGGCACAGGUCCUCUGCAUCAUCAAAAACGAAGAAAAGACGACAUGUUCUGCUGUGAUAUCAAGCCACAGUGAGGUCCUCGACAACAGUUUCCAGGAUCCAAGUGGUGUGACCAAUAUCAACAAUGAUAAGAGGAGGGAUUCUGUGAUGGCCGCUCUCCACUGGAUCCAUGAAUCACUGAACACAAUCCUAAAGGGCUCUGAUCCCUGCGACCAGACAGGAGUGGAUAAAGUACUUAGUGAUUUCUUCAUGGCCCGCUACCUGGAGGACCAGGACAUUCGGAACAGAGAGAAGGAGAACCAGCCACCUAGUGUGCCUGUGCCUGAGCCAUCCCCUCCCACCGCACCCCCCAAAGACAAGAAGGGUGGAGACAAAGGCAAAAAAGGCAACAGCACAGAGAAGCCCAUUCCGCCUCCAGAGCCCUCAGAGCUGGUCCUGCCUGGCAGCAUGGCCAUUGGUUCAGUGUCCUUGGCUGUGGCCAAGACUGGGGCUCUACUGCAAUGCAUCCCCCUGUACAAGUACAUCAAAGCUCUGCGAAACCAACAACCGUGUCCAAAAGAGAUGCACAUCCCUGUGCCCUUGGUAACUUUGUUGAGCUGUGGCAAAAUGUCCCCAGGAAAACUCAAUUUACUGGAGGAAGUCAUUGUCAUCCCUAAAGCUGGACAAAGACUCAAACAAAUCAUUACAAUGGUACUUGAGCUUCAAAAGGAGAUGAUGAAAAUAAUGAACGCUGCUUCAAAAACAGGGCCCGUACUGACAACAGUGUCUGACUCUGGAGCCUUAGUUGUUGGGUAUGAGCGUCCUGAGCAGCCUCUCGAUCUAAUUACUGAAGCAUCUAACAAUCUUGGAUUGGCACUUGGAAAGGGGAUACAUUUAGCAGUAAACUGUGCUGCUCACAACCUAAUGGACUAUCCAAAAGGAAAGUAUGAAGUUAUUACAGGAACACCCAAGUCUCCUGAUGAACUAGUGGACAUGUAUGAGGCUUUGAUUAGUAAAUAUCCAGCAGUCGUAGCUCUGAUCGAUCCUCUGCGAAAAGAGGAUGUGGAGCAGUGGGAGAGACUGAGCAGUGUGGUUGGAGGCUCGUGUAGCCUGCUCUCUGACAUCUCCUCCAAGCCCCAGUGUCACAGCUCACGGGAAGACGCCCCAUCUCUUCCAGGGGUCAGAGGGUAUAUCCUCAAUCAGAGCAAUGAGACCACAGUCACCGACCUGAUCCACGUCACCACAGAGAACAAAGGUACAGUGAUAAUUGGAACGACGUGCGGUGAGCCCUGCAGUGACGACGCCCUCUCAGAUGUGGUCGUAGGCCUGGGAGUUGGGUAUGUCAAACUGGGAGGUCUGAGUCGUGGAGAGCGGCUGACUAAAUACAACCGUCUGAUUUCUAUAGAGGAAGAAUUGGCCCAGCAGGGAAUACUGGGAGACCUCUUCUGGGUUAACGCCUUCUGGGCUCUGGGGAAUGCUGUCUCCCCUGGGGUAGAACACCUAGCCCCUCGGAUCUAG